GAGGGACAGGAGAACGUGGAAAUCCUCCCGUCUGGAGAGCGGCAGCAGGCAAACCAGAAGCGGAUCACCACCCCCUACAUGACCAAGUACGAGAGAGCCAGAGUCCUGGGCACUCGUGCUCUCCAGAUAGCGAUGUGUGCCCCUGUGAUGGUAGAGCUGGAAGGAGAGACAGACCCUUUGCUGAUUGCCAUGAAGGAGCUCAAAGCACGCAAGAUCCCCAUCAUCAUCCGCCGUUACCUGCCAGAUGGGAGCUAUGAAGACUGGGGUGUGGAUGAGUUAAUUAUCACAGACUGAUCAGCCUCCAGCCAUUGUUCUUUCCCAGAGAUGUUUCUAUUUUUGUCUAGUAUCUGUGUAAAUAAAUUAUAAAUCUUGCCAUUUUAAGUUCAAUGUGUUUGAGUUUUUCU